CUACCUGGCGUCCCUCUUGCUGAGGUCAUGGCACAGCUGGGGCGCCCUCAGCUUCUCUACUCGCUCUUGAGCUUGCGCAGCUCGCCGAUCCCCAUCCUUGGGGUAGCGGGCCGGGGCCAGGGGGGCGCGCAGCUUGCCGUACUGGCUGACGUUCAGUCUGCCUGUCGGGAUCCCAACUCCUGCAGACAGACAGACAGACAGACAGAAAGGAGAGGCCGCCGUAUAUCCAUCCAUCUCGCAUGUGUACCUGCGCCUCUCUUCUGUGAUGUCUUUUGCCCGCUCGAUCGCCACGCCGAUUGCGAGGUACACGCACAGAUACAAAUAGUACGCCCAGUAAGGGUAGAAGAACAGGUCAGCCCCAACCUGCCCACACACACACACACAAACACACACACACACACGAGAGGCAAUCGAUGGCUGUCCGAAAUCAUGUACGACGUGUGUAUGACAUGGCUCUCACCGCCAAGCGUCCCACACACGCAGUUCAUGGCCGUUGACGCAGGAAUCACCUCGGUGGCCCGCCCCGUGUGUCUCAUCCCGUCGUGGGUGAAAUACAGCUGCACCACACACACACACACACACGGAGACACGCACACACGAAUGAACGCACACAAAGACGGGGUACGAGCGCGUCAUUUAUUGAGAGGCUACGUACCUGCAGCAGGCCGGAGGAUAUACAAAUGAACUGCGCCCAAAUCAGCGGCCCGUACUGGAUGUCGCCUUGCAUGAGAAGCUGCACAGAGGAGAGAAAAGCAUAUCUCUUCAGGUGCAGAUGCAGGCCAGUGCCAUGAGUGCAUUAUCUCACCUCCAACGCCUGUUUGGCUUGCAGGCCCACCUGACAUCCCCAAAUACCGACCGACAGGCCGUACAUCACUCCUGUACCACACGAACAAACGUACAGGAGACAGACGUCUCCUGUGUGUGGACGCACCCACCCCAGAGCCUUGUGAAAUAGAGUACGUUCUGUCCUUUGCUCUCAACCGCUCUUCUGAUGAACCACACAAGCACACACACAUAUACACACGAGAGGCAAUCGAUGGCUGUCUGUAUUCAUGCCCGGUGCUCUGUGGUGUGCUGCCGUGCGUACGCGUACGUGGUAUUGGUGUGGUUUGUGCGCAUACAAUGGAGCCAGUGAAGUCAGCCAUAUGCCUAUGAUGGUGCCGAUGAUGACCGAGAUGUCGCGCAGGGGCUGAAGCUUCUCCUCACCAGGGAAUAGGCACUGACAGACCCAUGCAACCGAAAACCACACACAGACACCCAUCCACCCACCCACCCACUCAUCCAUCCAUCCAUCCAUUUCCCUCUUUGUGUGUGUAUCUGCUCACGCAGCCGAGGCAUGGCACUGUGGCUAGGGCGGCGGCAUUCGUCGGGUACACCAGAGAUGCAGGCGCGACGGCGAAGGCGCAGAAGUGGAUGAAGUUCCCGGCCACAAGAAAACACCGCCCCAGGCACUGGACGCACUCAUUGUCGCACCGAGUCAAAUGGAUGCCGAAAUUGGCCACUACGCCGCCCAGGAAGCUGAGGAGGCCUCCAACGGUGUAAGCCACUGCCGGCGUUGGUCGAUAAAGAGGCUUGGAAAUAUAAAAUGUAGGCACCGAUUCCCCUGGUCAAGACAAUGGCGUGUGACACUAUAUAUGCUGUGUCUGUCUGCUGUGUGUACAUCAUGGCCAAGUACUGCUUGCCCAGCGCGGCGAUCUCAAGGUCCCUCUUGAUGGGCAGCAGGGGCUUGAUGAACUGCACACACGCAUACACACAGACAUGGCAGUCAAUGCUCGUUCGUUUUUUUUUUCCUCUCUGUCCUGCCUCUUGUGAGUGUGCCCACCCGCCCACCUCGUCGCUGGCAUCUGACCGGACCGGCCCGUCGAGCGUCGCAAGCGUCUCGUCCACGAUGAAGUUGACGCCGUCGUGUGGCAUGGUGGGGCUCUCCGACAACUCGGCCAACACCUGGAUACCCACACACACACAGACAAAGAGACAGAGUCAGUGGAUGGAUGGAUGGUGUCGAGUAUAUGUCCACACCGACCUUGACGACGUCAUAGUUGUGUCGCUCGACAAGGGCGAGCGCGUCACCGAAGUUGGGGACCAGCUUCGGGCAGUUGGCCCCGCCGUUGAUCAGCCCCGCGCAAACCCACACAUACCUCACACACUGCCCUACGACGUCUGCAAAGGUGUGUCAAUCAAGUACCGAGUGAGAGGCCCGGGUAGUUGUCGAUGAUGUAUUGACAGGCCCUCACGGGGAAGGUCAAGUCGGCGAUGCCGUCGGCCGGCCCAAACCGAGGAGGGAUUCUCAGGCAGGGGAGAGGGGGGAGGUCCGAGAGCCCCCUCCUGCUCAGGCAACGGGAGGGGGGAGGAGGGGCCCAGAGGUGGCAGCAGCUGCCACGCGGAGGCUCACGGGACAGAGGAGAGGAACGGAAACCGGGGAACAAGGCAGCCGGUCAGGGGGCCGAGAGAACGCAGCGUCACGAAGAAAGCAGCAAGGGAACGUGCAUAGGACGGAUAGACCAGUGUGGGGCGGCCUGUCACGCGUCGACGAGUGCAGUGCCUAAACCCCGGAGGAACGGAUCUGCGUCACUGCGUCACUAUCUGAAGACAGACAAUUGCACACUCGGGUGAGUGGGCGGGUGGCUGGAUGGGUGGCGCGUGGGCACUUACGAUGAGGCGCCACACGAUGACCCACGCCCACAUGAUCCAGCCGCCCUUGCACUUUUUGAUGAUGAAGAUGAUCAGAAUUCUGCACUCACACACACACACACACACACAUCCAUGGCCGUCGUGUGGGUGGGUGGAUCGUCGCUCACAUGAUAAUGAUGAUCCAGCCAUCGCAGCAGCACAGCAAGAUUGGGCUCUCCUCCCCCUCCCCCCCUCGCCCUCCAUGCCGGCCCUCAGCGCCUUGGCCGCGCACUCGAGUGCGGAAUCCCCGCCGGCGAAACACACGCGGAGCUCAUUCUGGGUGGCCUGCAGCCACUGCACCCACACAACACAACACAACACAAUCAGCACGAGAGCAGGACAUGGAUGGAAGAACGUGUGUGUGUGGAUGGUUUGCGUGUUUGUGUGCGCACGUCGACGAGCUCGUGGAAGUGUGUGAACUUCUGGGGCCGCCUCUUCCAGAGAAACUCCCUCUCCCCCUCCAGCAGCAGCUUCAAAAUGUCUGGCUUGGCCGUCCUAUCCAUCACACCCACCUGCGCACCACCCACAACACACACACAUAUAGGAUGGAUGUGGAUGGAUGGAUGGAUGUGUGUGUGUGUCUGCUGACCCCUGUGUGGCGGCCAGGUCUGUCGAAGAAGUUGUGCAUCAGCUCGAAGUAGAAGUCAGGGAAGGACUCCUUGCCACUGAGCUUGAAGCGGUUCUUGAAGUGGCGGACCAGGCCGUCGUACUUAAAACAAUGAGAAUCGAGCUGACACACCACACACACAUAACACACACAUAUAGCACAUACCAGCCCUGCCCAACCUCUCCCACCCGCCGGCCCGCUUGCCUGAAUGAUGGUUGUCUCGUGCAGGUUGGGAUAUCUCUGCAGAACCCUUAUCCUCUCCUCCUUGGCGCCAAUGCGCUUGAGGAACCCGUGGUCCACACACGACCCCUUCUCCCUGACGAAUGCGGCCCUCCUCCUCUCCUCCUCGCACUCCUCCUCCAUAUCUGCCAUCGAGGCGAGUAGCCGCUGCACCUCCGCCUCAGCCUCCUCCCUCCGCUGCCGCUCCUCUGCCAGCUCCUUAUCUCUCUCAGCAAGCAGGGCAUUCUCGUCUUCUUCCUCGUUGGGCCGCCUGCCGGCCAU